AUGGCUAAACACGAGGAAUCUUAUUCUGCCGCUUUCACGUCAAUUCCCAUCCUGGACUACUCUCAGACGCUAUCUCCAUCGACGAAGUCGGACUUUCUUAACAAGCUCCGCGAGGCUCUAAUUAAUGUUGGAUUUUUCUAUCUCGAGAAUCCGCCUGUCUCUCCUGCAUCUCGGUCUCUGCUAAUCGAGAAAGGGCUGGACCUUUUUGAGUUGCCUUUAGAAAAGAAAGUAGAAAUUGAAAUGGUGAAUAGCCCUCAUUUCCUCGGUUACUCUAGACUGGGAGCUGAGAUCACUACUCUUAAAACCGAUCAUCGCGAGCAGUUUGACUUUGCUACUGAGCUGCCUGCUCCCGGUCCUGAGGAGCCACUCUAUAGAAACAUCGUUGGUCCAAACCAGUGGCCCGAUAAAAAUGCGAUUCCAGGAUUUCGCCAGACGCUAGAACAUUAUAUCGAAGAAGUCACCGAAUUCGCAGCAAGUUUCACAAAACUCAUUGCAGAGGCUCUAGAUCUUCCGCCAACGGCUUUAGAUCAAGCCUUCAGUAUCCCUCAACAGCACAAAAUAAAGCUCAUCAAAUAUCCUCUCCCACCGACAGCCAAUGACAACGACACUGGCUUUCAAGGCGUUGGUGCACACAAAGACUCCGGCUUCCUUACCUUCCUUCUCCAAGCCACACCACACCAUGGCCUAGAAGUUCAAAACAAAGCCGGAGCAUGGAUCUCAGCACCGCCAAUUCCGAAUUCCUUCGUCAUCAACAUCGGCCGAGCGCUCGAGGCAUUAACAGGAGGUAUUUGUACAGCCACCACCCAUCGUGUCAGCCUCCGGCCUGAGAAUUUCAUGGAUUCAGAGGGAAACCCCCUUGGACCUCGAUUUUCCUUUCCUUUCUUUCAAGGCGUGAAUCCCGAUCUCUCUGCCGACAAGAUCAACCUCGUCAUCCCGGAUCACAUCCGAGACCUGGUCAAAGACGACAAAGUGAAAUCUGACGCUGAAGCAACCUUCAAUGCAAUGUUUCAAACAAGCAUUGGUGAAGGCACUUUUGUCGCUCGAAUCACCAGUCACCAAGAUGUUGGCCAACGAUGGUAUCCAGAGGUCCUGACAAGGGCUCUAAAAGGGCAACAGGAUUUUGUGGCCUGA